UACUCCCUAGCUACAAUUGCACACAUAAUUAUUUUUGCUUCAACAUGAAAAUUCAACAAAUUUCUAAACAUGUUAUGAAUGCAGUAAAGAUGCUAGAGGAAAGGGUGCGACUCUCUUCUACUGUCAAAUGGAGUAAUAAGAAGACUGGCAAUGAGGUUGUUUGGAAUUCACAAAUCUGAACCUCAUUCCUCUAAAGAGUGGGAAUGAGACACUACGUUAAGCUACACUACUUUUUUCUGUACUCUUUGAGUAGCAUGACAUUUGAGCACCAAAAAAAAUUGUUAAAGCACAAAAAAGCAUGGCAUUUGGCAUUUAUGGUAAAUUAUUCUUAAUUUAAAAUUUAAAAAUAGAAAACAACUAUAAAAUUGUGAGAUUUUUUCCUAUGGAAAAAAGUUUGGGUGACUUUGGCUUAUUUCAUCACCAUAGGUCAAAGUAUACCUCUGAAAUUAUAGGUUACUUAUAAAGAACACUUUUCUCGUUUGCCUCCUCCUAUUCAUUUCAAGCGUUCUAUUCAAAAUAAUUUUGACUUUCUCUCACAUUUGGCCAAUCACUGCGUGCUUUGCUUUUGUUCUCUUCCCCUCGUCACCCCCAAACUUGUAGCAUCAUCCAAUCUCUCAAAGUGCUAAAAUGUCAGCAUUUACCAAAUUUACAAAUUUCACUAUUCUCCCUAAAUUUCGAGCUUCAAAUCAUACUGCAGCAGAUUCAAGUAAUAGCUUCGAUCAACCUCAUGCUGCUGACUCUGUCUCACUGCUUAAAGAUUGGCUAGGUGGGAAACUCUGGCACUGAAUCGCUGCUUCUCCAUUGAUGAGGAUAAAUGCACUCAUGGCAUUCAAGGUAGCCUCUACCCUUUUACAGAACCUGCCUCUCAUGCAUUGCUCUUUGAUCCUUGAGAAACUCUCAACAUUUACUCUCAGAGGCACACAGACUAUCUUCUGGAUUCAUUACCAUAACAAACUCCUUACUAAUAAUGGCAAAGCAUUGUAACGUUCCAAAGUUUGGCAAUGGAGAUAUUGUAAAUGUUCCAUCCACUGCACAAAUUAAGGGCAGAGAAAAAGCUGAUGAAGCUAAGGCAUCAGAUACUUACUCCAGCAACCACAUUUUAAGUUGUAUGGAAAAAGGAAGCCAUGAGAUAUCAGGAAAAGAUGCUCAGCACGAUUUGGAGCAAAGGAGCAAGAAAUUCAGAUCAUACCUGAGAUGGGUUUUCGUGGUCCAAUCCAACAUAUACAAAUCUGUUCUCUCUUGGUCCGUGUUCUUCACCUUGACCUUCAUUGUACCGGUUAUGUCACAAUACCUACUUCAUUGUCGAACCGCCUGUGAUGCUAAUCACCGUCGACCAUACCACAUACCAGUGCAGAUUUCUCUCACUGUGUUUGCAACUCUCUCUUUCAUCUGCCUCUCUCGAUGGGAUCGUAAAUACGGUUUGAGCAAGUUUCUCUUCCUUGAUAAAGUAAGCAAUGAAAACCUCAAGAUUCAACGAGGAUAUGCAGAACAAAUGCAGGGAACCAUGAAGCUUAUCUUACGUGUGGGGCUUCCCUGUUUUCUAGCUGCCUGUGCUGACAAGAUAUGGUGGUAUGUCUCAGGUGCAUCCCAAAUACCAUAUUAUGGUGAAAUGCACGCGAGCAGCAUCAUUCUUUGUGCAUUGGAGUUGUGGUCUUGGCUUUAUCGAACCUCCAUUUUCUUUGCGGUGUGUGUCCUCUUUCGUCUCAUUUGCUCCCUCCAAAUACUGAAACUCGAUGAGCUUGCAAUAGUUUUUCAGAGAAAAACUGAGGUGGAGUCAAUUUUAUUGGAGCACCAAAGAAUAAAAAGGAAUCUGCAGAUCAUCAGCCAUCGUUUUCGAUCUUUCAUUUUGGCUUCUAUGCUUUUGGUGUCAGCAAGCCAGUUCAGCUUUCUGCUUAUGGCCACAAAACCUCACGCUGAUGUUAAUGUCCUCAAGGCUGGAGAGCUUGCGAUAGUCUCUUUCACCCUGCUGAGUGGACUUCUCAUACUCUUGCGAAGCGCAACUAAGAUCACACAUAAAGCACAAUCUGUCAUAGGCCUUGCUGCCAAGUGGCAUAUUUGUGCCGCCAUACACUCGUUUGAGAACAUUAAUGGUGAGACACAAACAACAGAUACAGCUUCAGCCCAAGCAAUAGCUACCAAUGUUAAUUGGGGAUUACCAGAUGAAGAGGUGGGAGAUGAAGAUGACGAGUUCGAUAACACCAAAUUGCUACCAGUAUAUACUCAUACCAUCUCUUUCCAUACAAGGCAGGCUCUAGUUACAUACAUGGAGAACAACAGAGCAGGAAUCUCGGUGUUUGGGUUCAUGCUUGACAGAACUUGGCUUCAGACAAUUUUUGCUAUUCAAACGGCUCUUUUUCUUUGGCUACUUAACAAAACAGUUUUUGUUUAGAGACAGAAAGGGACCACGGCGAUCCUCCUCUGUACCUUGUUCGUAUUAGUCUCCAAUUCAUUUGGAUCUAGUGGUUCUGAUUAUGAUUUACGAAUUGUAAUUUUUUUUUGAAAGCAUAAGACAAAAUAAUUAGCUGAGUUGAGAGAAUUGAAGAGUGAUAACAUUGGGAAGAAAGAUGAGAAUCAAUUGUUUUGAGUGAUAUGCUUAGUAGUUAGUACCAGAAUUAUAUACACAAGUUACUUUUUUCCAUAAGCUUCGUGGUUAUGACACAACCAGAACUAGCUGCCAUGCUAGCUUACUAACUACACCAAACUAACUAACUAACUAACAGAAUCCUAACUGCCUUUAACUUUCUAACUAAAUUGGCGGCUCUCAUAACUCUGCAAGCCGAAGGGCAAAAAAUGAUCAUAUUCAUUUUGGUAAGAAAAGUCACCAAAAACCGUUGAAAUAGAGAUUUGGUGAAAACAUUAGCCACCUGAUCUUGAGUGGAGAGGGGAAGAAGCUUCAGUAACCUAGCUUGCACCUUUUCCCGGAGGACUAUAUGACGAACUAUUCGAGGUGCUUGGUUUGCUCGUGGAAAAAAUAUAUUUAGCCUUUAUUUUUAUUUCCCAAGCUCACCAAUGUCAUCUCUCAUGCUUUGGCCAUAAACUUAACUAGUGAAGAAAUAGAUUUUUACAUAUCUUGAGAAAUUGACAGUUAUGCAUCACAUAUGUUUGAAUUAUUAAAAAAGUUAGGAAAUAUUCAUAACUCAGCCUUUCAGAAUUUCAAUUAGUGCUCCAAGUAUUUAACAUGUGUAAAACAAUUUAUGAAGAGUAGCUAAAAUAUCACAAAUAUCAAGAGAAAGACGAAGUAGAACUAACCUAAUGUCUAGUAUGCGGCUUGGUUUGGUUGAUCUUUUGCUACAAGAUGAAGUGAACUGAUAGCAAGUAUUACAAAGAUAUGCACACUGGCGCCAUUUGAUAUGGCUCCUUGCAAGGAGUCAAGUGAUCCAGCACCUUCCAUUUUGUUCUUUGGUUAACACACCAAGACUGCAGAAAAAUGAAGAUUGCUUACCAGAUAAAAUGUAAGGUGAUCCGAUUUGCAUUGUCUGAAAAUGCACAAUGAUUUCAAACUGACCGCAGCAAAUAUGAUCCGAAACAGGAGCUCCUAGCUGCACUAAACUAAAUCAGCAUUAUGCAUCAUCUGUACAGCAAUACAUUCUUCAAUACAGAUAGAAGUUUAAAUCAAACAUGACACUGUCACAUAGCACCACCAUGUAUAUAUAGUAACUCAGGUCAAAUAAUAAAGUAGCAUUGCAUCACAAACAUACCAUAAAUCUAAGGUUUAACUAGUUAAGCGCCGCUGAAAUCAGAGGUGUCACUCAUAAUUAGUCUUGCAUACACUAUAACGAAAAAUUACUGUGAAUAAUUAUUCGAAUAUAGUGGUUAGUUUUAUUUUCCUAUAUGAUAUGAUGGUAAUUUAAUUUGUAAACUAAAGCAUCCAUUGGUCAAAUCACAUACACUCACAUUGUCAGCUUAUUUGAAUAUUUUUUAUUAUGUCAUCAACUACUAAUAAAAUUCAACAGCAUGUCAUUUGUGGAAUAUUUGACUACACAGUUGUAACUUGUAAACCUUAAUCAUAGGCUUUUUCAUUGUUGACAUAAUCACCUUGUAGCUUCUUGGCUUUAUCGAGCCUACAUUUCCUUCCUGGUGUGUGUCCUCUUUCAACUCGUCUGUCACAUGCAAAUUCUCAGGCUAGGUGAUUUAGCUUCAGGUGUUUACGGAAAAAUUGAGGAAGGGUUCAUCUUCUGGGUAAGAAGUAAUCUGCAGAUCAUUAGCCAUCGUUUUUUAUGUUUUAUCUUGGUUUCUCUGCUUUUGGUGACAGCAAUCCAGUUCAGUUUUCUGCUUAUUAUGGCUACAAAACCUCAUGCAUGAUGUUAAUGUCCUCAAGGCUGGAGGGCUUGCGGUGAAGCUUCUUUUUCUUUCAUCUAUCAAAUAGAGACUAACAUGAUACAGUGUCAUAGAUAUAAUGAAUAAACACAUUGAAGAUUGUCAUAGUUAAAAUGAGUUAU